AUUUGGAAUCGCUUCUUCAUCAAAAACAUGGAUUCAACGAAGUAAUUUGAUUCGAUUAUGGUGGAAACCUAAUCAAUAUAGAGGUUAUGUAUUUCUUGAUCGUGAACUUGUUAAUAAAUCGUAUAAUCUUGAUAAUACUCUUCCUACGGUACAGACAACAGAUAUCUGGAGAUACUUCACGUUUUCCUUAUACAUUCAGAGGUGGUUUAAGAUCUGCUAUAAGGAUUGCACGUAUUGUUAAAGAGAUUGCUGAUCUUAAUCUAACUGAUGUUAAGUGGUUUGUGUUUGGUGACGAUGAUACAGUUUUUUGUUGUUGAUAAUUUGGUGAAAACACUUUCGAAAUAUGAUUAUAACAGAUGGUAUUAUAUUGGGAGUAGUUCAGAGAGUUAUGAGCAGAAUGUUAAGUAUUCAUUUGAUAUGGCAUUUGGUGGUGGUGGUUUUGCUAUUAGUUAUUCACUUGCUAAGGUUUUGGCGAAGUGUUUCGAUUCUUGUUUGAUGAGGUAUCCACAUGUUUAUGGAAGUGAUGCUAGGGUAUUCUCUUGUGUAGCUGAGCUUGGUGUUGGCUUGACGCAUGAACCUGGAUUUCAUCAGGUACUUGAAGGGAAUCAACUUCUUCCUGAUCUCCUUGCUGUGCAAAGGACUUUUUCUCCAUGGAAGAGAGGUGGCAAUGCUAAUUCAGCUCCAUACAUGUUUAACACGGAGGAAUUUCCCAGAAAUCCAUGUGACAGACCUACUGUCUUCUUUUUGGAAAGUGUUUUUAAUGAAACUGAUGGGAUAAGGAGUAACUACAAACGAUUUUCGGAUGUAAGCUGCUCCCAGAAAGUUUCAUCAAACAAACUUGUACUGAUCAGAGUAUUCUCUCAGAAGCUUGAAGUUAGCAUUGAAAAGUUGCAAGCACCAAGACGACAUUGCUGUGAUGUCUUACCUUCUUCUGAAGAAGGACUUGAUAUUGGUAUUCGAGAAUGCAGAACUGAAGAGUUAAUCUUUAUGAAAUCCUAGUAAAAUUUUGGAGAUCCACCAUUUUUUUCUUGAAUGCUUUCCUCUAGGAGGGUGGAAAGCAAAUAAUUCCCAAGGAGUUUGAAUUUUUUAGAGCUCCCGUGUCAAUGAUCAGGCCAAGUGUAGACAUCUUGGAAGGUGACUUAUUAGUCAAGAGCCCUGUAAAUAUCUCUAGGUAUUGGAUAUAUUGUUUUUAUCAUCUUCUAGUACGUAAAAAGUGAGGAACUGCUGCUGCAGAUGAAAAUUUUGUCAGAAUGUGAAAACUUGUCAAAAUACAAUUCCACCCUAAUAGAAGAACAACUGGGUCAAGUUGGGUCGUGUAACGGUUGAAGAACCAGUAAGGUUCUUUAAAUUGAGCAAGCAGAAACUGGUUUUAUGUUAUCAUAUUAUCCAUGUACUGCUUCUUUCUUUAAAAUUUGUUCAAUUUUGGGCCAAACAAAAGGAGUAUGUUCGGUUUUGGUGGAAGCCAGAACAAAUGAGAGGAUUUCUUUCUUUA